GUCCUUUGGUGCCCCUCCGUUGACCUCUUCUGACCAUGGAACACCAUCAACCUGAGCGUCCAGUCUCUGGCAAGGCCAAGACUGCAGAAGCCGUCAGCCCUGAAAACCAUGAGGUCCUCUCAGUACCAGAUGAGCACCCCCAGGACAAGGAUGCUGGAAAUGCUAUUGGGGCGGCCAGAGAUGCUACUGGGGCGGCCAGAGAUGCUACUGGGGCUGCCGGAAAUGCUACUGGGGCGGCCAGAGAUGCUGAUGGGCCAGUUGGAGAUGCUACUGGAGCAGCCGGGGAUGCUGAUGGGGCAGUUGGAGAUGCUGAUGGGGCAGUUGGAGAUGUUACUGGGGCAGUUGGAGAACAGGAGCCAGUAGAUCAAGGGUCACUGCCGGUCCAGGGCCAGGAUAAUCUUGAGUCCCCUCUGCCUGACACGAGCUCCAACCAGCCAGGGCCAGACCACAGGACGCAGCCUGAGGUAGAGACAGUGGGGGCGUGCUCCGGGCCCCAGGAGCUGCCCCAGUCCCCGAGGGCCCAACAGCUGGAGCUCGAUUUCUACUGUGUAAAGUGGAUCCCCUGGAAGGGAGAACGGACACCCAUCAUCACCCAGAGCACGAAUGGCCCCUGCCCGCUCCUCGCCAUCAUGAACAUCCUCUUUCUUCAGUGGAAGGUGAAGCUGCCCCCUCAGAAGGAAGUGAUCACAUCAGCUGAGCUCAUGACCCACCUUGGAGACUGCCUCCUGUCCAUCAAGCCCCAGGAGAAGUCAGAGGGACUUCAGCUUAAUUUUCAGCAGAAUGUGGACGACGCAAUGACCGUCCUGCCCAAACUGGCCACCGGUCUGGAUGUCAAUGUGCGGUUCACAGGGGUCUCCGAUUUUGAGUACACACCUGAGUGCAGUAUCUUCGACCUCCUAGGCAUCCCCCUGUACCACGGCUGGCUUGUCGAUCCUCAGAGUCCUGAGGCUGUGAGUGCAGUUGGGAAACUGAGCUACAAUCAGCUGGUGGAGAAGAUCAUCACCUGCAAGCACUCCAGCGACUCCAACCUGGUGACAGAAGGCCUGAUCGCCGAGCAGUUCCUGGAGACCACCGCGGCCCAGCUGACCUACCACGGGCUGUGCGAGCUCACCGCGGCUGCCAAGGAGGGCGAACUUGGCGUCUUUUUCCGGAACAACCACUUUAGCACCAUGACUAAGCACAAGAGCCACCUGUACUUGCUGGUCACCGACCAGGGCUUCCUGCAGGAGGAGCAGGUGGUGUGGGAGAGCCUGCACAACGUGGACGGGGACAGCUGCUUUUGUGACUCUGACUUCCACCUGAGUCAUUCCCUGGGCAAGGGGCCUGGAGCAGAAGGUGGGAGCGGCUCCCCGGAAAAGCAGCGGCAGGUAGACCAGGACUACCUGAUCGCCUUGUCCCUGCAGCAGCAGCAGCCACAAGGCACGUUGGGUCUCAGCGACUUGGAGCUGGCCCAGCAACUGCAGCAGGAGGAGUACCAACAGCAGCAAGGGGCCCAGCCGGUGCCAGCACGGGCCCCGUCGCCACAGGCUGAUGGACGACCACUUGUUAAAUCCCAUACAGGGGAGAGGAACUCCAUCUGGUCGCCCGGCAGGAGAGCGGCGGCGGCGGCCCAAGCCGGAGUCCGACUGUGUCCUCCUGUAGCGCCCGGUGCCCGGUGCCUGGUGCCAGGCUGCCCUGCCUCUUCUGUCAGAGGCUGUGACUAUUUGGCUUGCUCUCCCAGGUCACCCCCUGAGAUAUGCAGGGUAACUUAUUUAUGGACUGUUGGGGAUCCGAGCGGGAAGGAAAUGUCAAGGUCAGACUCGGCGACAUUCUUGCUCACUCACUGCGGCCUUCUCUUCCUCCCAGUCACCCAGGGCAACAGUGGGACUGCUGGGGUGAGGAUGUCUGAUCCCCAACUCCCUCUGCCCAGAAUAUCACACUAAUAUACAGACUCAGGCUCCCGGGUGAGGUCCCUGCCUGAAAUGCAUCUCCCCUACCUCCCCCCUGACUGGCGGGGUCCUUCCGGCUAUCCUGCAAGUCCGUCUCCCUCUGUUUCAGGAUUUGAUUUGGGUUUCUAUCUUCAUUAUUUGUAAUGCCUUCCUAGGGGUUUGGAAAUAAAAAUUGUCUCCUGAGA